AGAAGUAGAGUUCAGACGUCUGAAGAGCAGAACAGGGCAGUUUUACAGCUUUUGGGGAACUUUUCAGGAAUAUCUCAAUCUGCAUCUACAAGAAGAAGCAAGCAUUAACAAGAUAGAACAUUGUCUUCCUUUUUAAAGACUUUCUUCUGAGCACAGAAUGGGGGAGCCAAACGUGUCCCCAGUAACACGCACCAGUUCAUCACGGCACCAGCACCAGAGCGCAGCCUCCAGAGAUGACCAGGACAAUGCCUGGGAUGCUGAUCCUGAAUGUUCGAUCUGUUUUUGCGCCUACGACAACACCUUCAAGACACCGAAACUUCUAGAAUGCACACAUACCUUCUGCCUGGAGUGCCUGGCACGCUUUGUGGCCAUUUCCCCAGAGCAGGACGGCACACAAAUCACCUGCCCACUUUGCCGCCAACCAACAUCCGUGCCUGAGCAUGGCACUCCAGAUCUGGCCACCAGCGAAGAGGUUUUGGGUCAACUUCCGAGCGACAAGCAACAACUGGAAAGAGUUUACCUAGAUGGAAAGAAGCUGUGCUACUCAAACCCGAUGAUACCCAACUGCGUCUGCAUUGACAUCGGCGAGCAAAAAUUAGAAGAGACAGUGAGGAGAGAAGAGACGAGAAGGAGGAGUUGUGGACACCGGCUGCUGCACUUCUUGGGUUUUCAUGGGAACUGGAAGAGGCUUGUGGUCUUCAUCAUAGUGCUCAUGGUGGUGUUCUUCAUUAUACUGUGGCCUCUCCAGUGUUUUGUCACUUCAGGUUCCAUGACAGAGUGCUUUGGGGAAUCACCACAGAUGCCAACCACAUUUGCAGGUCCCAGACCGACAUCGGGCUCCUGAGCCAGUAAUAAAAAACAAAGAAGGAUUUUUUUUUAUUCAAAAUAUGAAGAGUUUGAAUUGUGAACUGCAAAACUGGAAUAGACUUGACUAAUAAGCUAAUUGCACUAGACGCCAAAACAGCUUCACAUGUCAACUAAAUUAAUAAGUGAUUUCCGAAAUCUUGCUUGAAAUUGCAUUGUUGUUUUACAAACUUCGUAAAUGACUCUGUAAAUAGAUGAAAUGAUUUACUGUGUUUUAAACAGAUGAACAAAAUGAACACAAAGGUAGGACUUUUUUAUUUUGUGCAUUGCUUCGGAUAAAAGCAUACGAUAAAUGUAAAUAAUAGACCUUUUUGAGAUAAGUUUCUGUUUGCAGGUGUGAUUGCUAUGACUGAAAGCAUUUAAAAGCAUUGCACAUUCUGUAAAAUGAUAAUGACUCUGAGAUUCAUUUUUAUUCUUUUGUACGCCGCUUAUUUGCAAAAUGAAAGUUGGAAAAAUAAUCUUUUUA